AUGACGGAUAAUGGAGUUCAUCAGCCCACUCAGGCCGAACUUAUGGCCCAGAUGAUCGAGCUGCAGACAGAAGUCAAAAGGCUUGCCGAAUUAUCCACUCAAAGCACUUCUGGCAAGCAUGAGGAUGACGGAUACAGAGGAAAAAGCAAUGCAGACCUAUUGAGUAUUGACCCACCGAGGGAGAAACUGACCUUGGACAAUCCGUUUUCUGAAGAGAUAACCAAUUACCAGAUGCCAACACAUUUCAAACUACCUUCUUCAUUCGAGCCAUAUAAGGGGAUUGGUGACCCCCGGACUCAUAUUAAGAAAUUUCAAUCUAUGAUGUUCUUUAAUGGCCCUAAUAACGAACCUGUUCUUUGCAGAGCCUUCCCUACUUACCUUGAUAGCGCAGCUCUCCUUUGGUUUUCAAAACUACCAAAAGGAUCAAUCUCUUCUUUCGAGGAAUUGGCAAAAUUCUUCAUAGAUUACUUUGCUGCAGCACGGAUAUAUGUACACGGAUCAGACUACCUCGGCACCAUUCGCCAAGGUCCCCAAGAAAGCCUGAAGGACUAUCUUACCAGAUUUGCGGAAGCAACAAUGGAGAUUCCCGAUCUAGAUCCCGCCGUCCACCUGCAUGCUUUGAAAGCCGGCCUCAAGCCCGGAAAAUUCAGAGAAACAAUUGCAGUAACAAAACCAAAAACCUUGGAAGAAUUCCGAGAAAGAGCGGCCGGACAAAUAAAGAUUGAAGAACUCUGUGAGGCCGAAAAAGCAAAACGAAGGCAACCCAAGAGGGAAGAAAGCCGAACAAUAAGGUCGAACGACAACAAAGAUCCUAGGAAACCAUUCAAGCUUACCCCAAAGUUUGACAAUUAUACGAGGUUCAACACCAAGAGGGAGAAGAUAAUCAAAGAAAUACUCAACGCUAAGAUCAUAAAACCACCAGUAAGAGCGGGGAGCUACCAAGACCAACGAUUUGUCGACCGAAGUAAACAUUGCGCCUUCCACCAAAAAUACGGACACACAACCGACGAGUGUGUAAUAGCUAAGGAUCUGCUGGAAAGAUUAGCUCGACAAGGCCUCCUAGACAAAUAUAUUGAAGGAAGAAAGCAUAAAGACAACAGCAGAGACCGAAAUGACUACCGACAGACCUCGAAAAGUAAAGAAGACAACAAAUGGCCACACAAUACACCACCAAAGGCCAUCAUAAAUUGCAUAUCUGGAGGAUUUGCCGGAGGAGGAGAAACGACCUCAGCAUGA